UUCCCGGCAUGCCGUGAACUCGAUGGCCGAGCCUCUGGGGCGGCGUCCAGCCCUCCCGCCCGCCCCGCUCUCCCGCCCGGUCCCCGUCGCUGCGCCCCCCGCGCGCGGAGCGGGGACGCGAGCCAUGGAGGAGACACCGCCCCCGGGCUGCAGCAAGCCGCACCUGGAGAAGCUGACCCUGGGGAUCACCCGCAUAUUAGAAUCUUCCCCAGGUGUGACAGAGGUGACUAUCAUAGAGAAACCACCUGCUGAACGUCAUAUGAUUUCUUCAUGGGAACAAAAAAAUAACUGUGUGCUACCUGAGGAUGUGAAGAAUUUUUACCUGAUGACCAAUGGCUUCCACAUGACAUGGAGUGUGAAGCUGGAUGAGCACACCAUUCCAUUGGGCAGCAUGGCAAUUAACAGCAUCUCAAAACUGACGCAACUCAACCAGUCUUCCGUGUAUUCACUCCCGAAUGCACCAACUCUGGCAGACCUGGAGGAUGACGCACUUGCAGCCAGUGAGAACCAGCCAGAGAAGCCACACUUUGAUUCUCGCAGCGUGAUAUUUGAGCUGGAUCCUUGCAAUGGGAAUGGGAAGGUUUGCCUUGUCUACAAAAGAGGGAAACCAGCGUUAGCACAAGACACUGAGAUCUGGUUCCUGGACAGAGCAUUAUACUGGCAUUUUCUCACAGACACCUUCACCGCUUACUAUCGCCUGCUCAUCACGCACCUGGGCCUGCCGCAGUGGCAGUACGCCUUCACCAGCUAUGGCAUUAGCCCGCAGGCCAAGCAGUGGUUCAACAUGUAUAAACCCAUCACCUACAACACAGACCUACUUGCAGAAGAGACCAACUCCUUCGUGAACAAGCUGGAUCCCAGCAAAGUGUUCAAGAGCAAGAACAAGACCUUAAUCCCCAAAAAGAAAGGGCCAGUCCAGCCUGCAGUUCUCACAGGUGCAGCAGCAGAGGAACUAGGAGAGCAGUGGUGCCCUUCACAUCAGUGGGAGUCCUCAGGAGGCUAUAGAAGAGAGAAGGAAGGGGGCUCCGUGAAGGAAAGGAGAGCAGUGAAGAGCCACGCUGGCUACCUGAGGUGCAGGACCCAGAGCGAAACAAAGAUGUGGGGCCUCGUGUCCAAAAAUUAGGAAAAUAGUACCAUUAAAAGUACUGAAAUGUUCUUUCUUC